AUUGGAAAUCACGGCAAACAUUCAAACAAUGCAUAACGAUGGUCACAAGAUCAACAAUGGGUCUAUAACAAAAACUGUUGACAUCGAUGCAACCACGGAAACCAUCGAGUAUUGAUGUUGUUAAUGAAAGCUCGUUUUGCGUGAGUAUAUUUCAAAAUGAAUUCCGAAGAAACGAAAGCACAAUUUUUUCAAGUUCGUAUAGUGAUUUUUGAAGCUAGACAUCUAGCAUGGCCAAGGAUGGAUCCAUUGGUUCGUGUUAAAAUAGGCAAAGAGAAGAGACAAACUGCUGCGAAGGAAAACACGGACCGGCCAUAUUACAAUGAGGUUUUCACGUUUGAUUUUCACAUUCCACUCCCACUUCUACUGGAGAAGACAAUAACAUUGUCAAUUCUUCAAAACCGGAGAAUCAUGUAUCCUAAGAAAGAGCUGGGACGUAUAAGUCUUGACGUAGCUACAGUGUGGCGGCAGCCAGAUCACCAGUUUUACCGCAAGUGGGCUGUACUGCUGGAUCGGAAAGACACGACAAGCGGUGCAAGGGGUUUCCUCAAAUGCGAUAUCAGCGUAAUCGGGAAAGGCGACAAAAUCAAAGUACACCACUCUCUGGGAACACAUGAAGACGACGACAUUGAGGGGAACAUGCUGGUGCCCGAUGGGGCAACGUCACAGAGGCAAAGGGCUCGUUACUUGGUGCGCCUUUAUCGAGCCGACAACAUUCCCUUCCCCAUUGACGCUUACGUCCAAGUGUCAUUCGCCGGGAACAAGGGCAAAACUACCGAAAAAAAGCACACCAAUGCGCCGACGUGGAACGAGGAGCUUGCAUUCUACGAUUCAUACCCCCCGCUGUGGCAGAGGAUAAGAGUGCAGGUGCGGGAACAUGAACUGUUGGGUGCCAGUGUGAUUGCCACGCAUCUCCUGGACCUGCCGGCCAUCUCCAGCGAUCAAGGCAUUCACGAUUUCUUACCGACGUUCGGACCUGCCUUCGUUCACUUGUAUGGAUCUAUAUCUUCAUCGGGGUCUGGAAAGGAGUCUUGGGUGGAGGUUCAGGGCGACGGAUCGGCGUACAAAGGGCGACUACUGCUAGCUCUUCAGACGGAAAUAUUGGAAAGUGGAGUGACUAAAGGCAUGCGGAGUGUUGCACAUCGCCCCAUCCCGAAUAUCUUCGAAGAAGAAUGCUGGAAGACGGAAGAAUUGAUCCUUGUGGGUGUAGUGUGGGAGGUAUCAAUGCUGGACAAGAAAAUAAAGUAUAAACCAAUUCACGUUGAGAUCAGCUUAGGAAACGUUGGCAACAUGCUGUAUGAUGGACAACAGUCCGCUGUCGAGCCAAUUCCAGACAUGCCAGAAGAAGUACAUGACGAGGUACCGAAGAUUCAGAACAUGACAUCGCCCCAGAAACCUGAGAUGGUAAAAGGGGGAUCUUACUGUUCCGUGGGCUUUGGCAACGAGAAGCCAUGUGUGUACGUACAUGCAACGUGUCCCGACACCAAGCAUCGCAUGUACCAUUCCAACUUUCUGAAUCAACUCACUAGCAUGCUUAAUGACGCAAUUUUACGGUCACAGUCAAGGGAGAGCGAAUUCGAAAUGGAGGAAUUUGUGAAGAGAUUGCUGCCCCAACUGGGCGACUGGUGUAACAGGUACCUGAGUAUCACCUCGGAACAACAGUACAACCGAAGAAGCACCAACAGAUUGGACGAAAUGAGGGGAGAAUUCUGCCGCAGAAAAGUGGAAAAUAUGAAAGGCGUGUUCAAACAAUUAGAAGCCGAGUUUACAAAAGACAACAUAAACGCAACGCUGCACCAACUCCAAGACAUCUUAAAGGAAGUGACGUUCCUCAGAGAGGACCCGCAGAAUUCACAUCCGGACGUGUUCGUGUGGAUCGUGUCUGGCAAGAAGCAUCUAGUAUUCCACAGAGUGUCGGCACGAAGUAUUAUUUUCUCCAAGGAACCCGAGGAGCGUGGAAUAGAUUGUGGUCGCCUGCAGUCAAUGUUUAUGAAGGCUCCAGUUAAUAAAGCGGGCAGUUCUAGCACCACGUGUAAGCUUGAUAUAGCGCUGUGGUUGGGAAAUUCCGAGGACGUGCACACCUGUUUUAACUCGCUGCCCACAGGUUACGACCCUGUCGAUGGAUUCGGAUCCGAACCCAGUGGCGACAUCGAACAUCCGCCCCUACCACCUGUCAUUCGUUACGCGGAGAAUCACGUCUUCGUGUGCCAUUCUUACAUUUACCAGGGAGCGAUGAGACCAGGAUUCGACAAGUCGGCCUUGUGUGACCCUUUUGUGAGGGUCAUACUAGGAAACCAGAAUGAAAAGACACACGUUAUCAAGAAAACACUGAGCCCUGUCUGGGACAAGACAUUGGUGUUCUCAGGGGUGACGCUCCACGGCCCACGUGAGUCCAUCAAGGCAAAUCCUCCCUCCAUUGUAAUCGAAGUAAUGGACGCGGAUUUUUGCUCCAAGAAGGAACUGGUUGGCCUCACAACAGCCAAACCACACGUACAGUUGGUAGGGGAGGAAUACAACAAACCACGUCUCGAGUGGUACAAGUUGCUCAAUGGUGACGAAUUCACUGGCGAAAUUUUAGCAGCAUUUCAACUGUUUGAGUUAUCCGAAGGAAAGUUGGACGCGCAAUUGCCAAAGGAACUGGUAAUCACGGACAGUAAUACCAGUGUGCCGAAGACAAUUAAACCGAACAUGGUGAGACACAGAAUGGAGGUACUGUUCUGGGGUCUGCGAGAUUUGAAGCUGAGUCCUUUCCUUAAAACGAAGCAGCUGAGAGUGAAUAUGUGGUGCGGGGAGUCGAAUUUAGGCUCCGUUUCCAUGAAAAACUUUAAACGCAAUCCCAACUUCGAGGAGCCCUUGCAGUGCCUGGACGUGAUGUUACCGGAUGACAGAGUGUACUUUCCGCCUAUGACUCUCACGUUGUACGACGCCUACAUUUUAGGAUACACUGCGUACCUGGGCAUUCACAUUGAGCCUACCGUUGCUCGUUUCUGGGUGGAACUGGAAACCUAUGAACAGCGCGCAACCAUGUUGAAAUCCACCGUCUUCCCACAGAUCAAGAAAAAUGAAUUCUGUACUAUACAGCUUUAUGACGAAGACAAUGAGGACGAGAGCACACCGGCAUUGCCCACCGAAGAGAGCACAUGGGAUAUUGGCAAUGUUCUGAAUUUACUUCCUACAGGAAUAUUCACUGGGACAGAAGAUGAAAUAGAAAUGACUAUAAUCGAAAAAUCUCGCGAUGAUGAUGCUGAUAGCUGGUGGACAAAAUACUUCGCGUCUAAAGAGGGAACAGACGAAGAAGAUUUCACAGACCAGAAUUCAGAGCAACAACAACACCAAGAUGCCGAUGGAAUAUUGCUCAAAAAAAUCAAGUCAAUUUUAAAACAAGGAAAGGCUACACUUGAGAUUUAUCCGAACGAACUGGAGGCACAACCCGAGUUCAACGGUUUCUGUGAUUUCCUGCAAAAUUUCGACAUUCUCAGAGGAAAGAAAACUGGAAACGACUUUCAUGACAGAGAAAACAUUGUUGGAAAGUUGAAAGGAAUAGUGAAACUGUACCGCUGGCCCCACGAGGAGGAAACUGUGUUUGUGACGAACAGUGGUUCGGACAUCGCAACAGGAGGAAUACUGCAAGACGUGCCAUCCAACGCUCCUGAGAGGAUCUUAGUUCGUGUGUACGUCGUGGGAGCCUCUGGACUCCGUGCCAAAGACGUCACCGGGAAAUCAGACCCGUACAUCGAGAUCGAGCUCGGCUCUCUCAAAAUCAGUGAUAAAGAAAAUUACAUCUUAGAGGAGCUGAAUCCUACAUUCGGCAGGGUCUUUCAGCUGGAGGCACAGUUACCGAAUGAUUACCAGCUGACAGUUCGUGUUAUGGAUUUCGACGUUUUUGGAAAGAAUGACCUCAUAGGAGAGACAAAUAUUGAUCUUGAAAAUAGAUUUUACAGCAAACACAGAGGGACAUGUGGACUGGCUAGCAGCUACGAAAAGACUGGAUAUAACCGGUGGAGAGAUGUUUUAAAACCGUCAGAGAUAUUAGAAGAGUUAUGCAGGAAGAAUAAUUUAGGUAGUCCAAAAUACAUCGGCGGCCACGUUGUCGUAGGGCCAUGCGAAGAAGACAUCACGCAGCACAUUUGCCAUGGCACGACAAACUCUGUGUGUGCACGCUACAAUAAGGAGGAACUAGCACUCUACGCGAUUAGAAGAUGGCACGAAGUACCACAUGUUGGCCACCACCUAGUGCCGGAGCACGUUGAGACGAGGUCUCUCUUCAAUCCUAAGAAGCUUGGUAUCGAACAAGGGAAGCUGCAGAUGUGGGUAGACAUUUUCCCAGUGGGAGAGAUGCCCCUCCCCGUUCCGGUGGACAUAACCCCUCCAAAGCCGCAAGAAUACGAACUUCGAGUAAUCAUCUGGAAUACAGAGGAUGUGGUAUUGAACGAAUACAACGUCGUAAGCGGAGAGAACAUGUCAGACAUCUACGUGAAAGGGUGGCUACAAGGUAUGGACUACCAAAAGACGGAUGUACACUACAGGUCAUUCACUGGGGAAGGCAACUUCAAUUGGCGCUUCGUAUUCCAGUUCAGUUAUCUUGCACCAGAGAACAAAAAUGUCAUCAUGAGAAAGGAGUCCAUAAUUACAAACAAGCUCGCCGAACAAAAGAUCCCAUGCCGCAUGAACCUUGAAGUCUGGGACGACGAUGUCUUCUCCGGGGAUGACUUUUUGGGGUUUUUGAGGUUUGACCUGUCACAGAUGCCUAGAGGCGCUCCUUUGGCCAAACAAUGCAGCCUCAGUAUCACCCCAGAAGACGCACCCACAGUAAAUCUCUUCAAAAUAGGUCGCAUUAAAGGCUGGUGGCCUUUCCAGAACUUGUCCGACAAAGGCGACAAGACCAUACAAACGGGCAAACUGGAGGCAGAGUUCCAGCUCUUGACAAAGGAGGAGGCAGAAAAGAAACCGGUUGGAAAGGGACGUUCGCCCCCAGAGCCUAUGGAGAAACCAAAACGUCCAGAAACUUCGUUCCUGUGGUUAAAAAACCCGUUCCGAUCCUUCAAAUAUAUUAUGUGCCGUAGGAACAUAUGUACCAUUAUACUGAUUGCGAUAGCGUUGAUUUUUAUUUUUGGAAUUGGAAUCCAUUUCGCGGUAACUUUGCUCCUUUAGCGGGAAGUAGCUGUCGAUGCUUGUUUGAACAACUUACUGGAAUCUCCACACCCUUCACACCGUGAAAUAGCAUCUGAACAACACAACUUUCGGACCGCUUUUAUCACCAACUAAUAUUACGCCAAAUGAGUUUCAGCCCCAUGGGGCUAUCGUCAUCUGUUAAACUGUAUUGUUCAAAAUAUUGUAAAAUUCCACAAUAAAGUCAUGUUAUUCAGAGUUA